CUCCGCCUGGCUGCGAUGGAGGCACCGCCCGGCGGCCGCCUUCCCGCCGAGGGUUCCCAGCCGCCGGCCGUAGCGGAGGUGCGCUGCCCCGGCCCCGGGCCGCUGCGCCUGCUCGAGUGGAGGGUAGCGGCUGGCGCUGCCGUGCGCAUCGGCUCCGUGCUGGCUGUGUGCGAGGCCGCCGCCUCCACGCAGCCCUCCGGGCCCGCCCCUGUCCGCACCGGCUCCGGAGGCUGCGUGCGCGCGGAGCGCAGGCUGAGGUCGGAGCGCGCGGGCGUGGUGCGAGAGCUGUGCGCGCAGCCGGGCCAGGUGGUGGCCCCCGGGGCUGUCCUGGUGCGCUUAGAAGGAUGUAGUCACCCCGUCGUCAUGAAGGGCCUGUGCGCCGAGUGUGGCCAGGACCUGACCCAGCUGCAGAGCAAGAACGGGCGGCAGCAGGUGCCGCUGUCCACGGCCACCGUGUCCAUGGUGCACAGCGUCCCCGAGCUCAUGGUGAGCUCCGAGCAAGCGGAAAAGUUGGGGAGGGAAGACCAGCAGCGACUGCACCGCAACAGGAAGCUGGUGCUCAUGGUGGACUUGGACCAGACGCUGAUCCACACCACGGAGCAGCACUGCCAGCAGAUGUCCAACAAGGGCAUCUUCCACUUCCAGCUGGGCCGGGGAGAGCCCAUGCUGCACACACGCCUGCGUCCCCACUGCAAGGAGUUCCUGGAGAAGGUGGCCCGGCUGUAUGAGUUGCACGUGUUCACGUUCGGCAGCCGGCUGUACGCGCACACCAUCGCAGGCUUUUUAGAUCCUGAGAAGAAGCUAUUUUCUCAUCGAAUAUUAUCGAGGGAUGAAUGUAUUGACCCGUUUUCCAAAACAGGGAACCUCAGAAAUCUCUUUCCCUGUGGAGACUCCAUGGUUUGCAUCAUCGACGACCGAGAAGACGUCUGGAAGUUCGCCCCCAACCUGAUAACCGUGAAGAAGUACGUCUACUUCCAGGGCAUUGGGGACAUCCAUGCCCCGUCUGCGCCCCGGGAGCCCCCAGCGAGGAAGAGAGGUGCCGACGCCGCAGAGCAGCCUCUGUCCAUCAGGGACCCCGAGGAAGGAAGGCCAGCAUCCGCGGUGGAGAGUAACGGCCUUGGGAGGCCCGCCCGGGAGCUCAACGGGGGCCCGGGCCCUCGGGGAUGCUGGCCUUGCCAGGAGGAGGAGAGGGGCGCCCGGUCCACUGCCCGCACCCCCUCUGCUGACGGCCGCGGAACUUCGGCGGGCUCCCAGCCACGCGGAAAGACUCCGCCAGAGAAGAGGCCUGUGCGGGGUCCAGCCGGCCCCGACCCGGACCCGGACGUGCCCAGCGACAGCGGAAGCAGCAGCGAGUCCGAGGGCCAGCCCUCGCCCGCCCCCUCCGACGGGGAGAGCGGGGAGAGGUGGACCCGGAGGAAGCCCCAGGCCGCCCGCGAAGCCGGGAAGGCCACUCCGCAGGGAGGCCCCCCAGGCCUGGCCGGGGAGCGGCUCGCGGGCGCCAACCACUGCGGGGAGCCCGGCCCCGGCGUGCCGGCAGACGCGCAGGAGGACGGGGAGAGGGACGGGCUGUGCGUGCUUGGCGGCGGCUGCGCCGACCGCAAGGAGGCCGAGACCGAGUCCCAGAACAGCGAGCAGUCGGGCAUCACUGUGGGCGAGUCCCUGGACCAGAGCAUGGAAGAGGAAGAGGAGGAGGACGCGGACGACGACGACCACCUGGUGCACCUGGAGGAGAUCCUCGCCCGCGUGCACUCCGACUACUAUGCCAAGUACGACCGCUUCCUCAGCGGCGAGAGCCCCGAGGCCCCCGACAUCCGCAAGAUCGUCCCCGAGCUGCGCAGCAAGGUGCUGGCGGACGUGGCCAUCAUCUUCAGCGGGCUGCACCCCACCAACUUCCCUGUGGAGCGCACGCGGGAGCACUACCACGCCCGGGCGCUGGGCGCGCGCAUCCUCACCCAGCUCGUGCUCGACCCCGAAGACCCCGCCCGGCCCACCCACCUCAUCGCCGCAAGGGCCGGCACGGAGAAGGUGCGCCAGGCCCAGGAGUGCGGGCAGCUGCACGUGGUCAACCCCGACUGGCUGUGGAGCUGCCUGGAGCGCUGGGACAGGGUGGAGGAGCAGCUGUUCCCGCUGCGCGACGACCAGGGCAGGGCACAGAGGGAGGACGGCCCUGCGUCCUUCCCUGACAGGCAGAGCCUGCUCCCCGCCGCCCUGUUCCACCCAACACCCGUGCACCCCAAGGCCCCGCCUGGUCCUGAAGUCCGGAUCUACGAUGCCAGCACGGGCAAGCUCAUCCGCACAGCCACCUCGGGCCCUGGGCCACCUGGCGCCCUGCCCCACGCGGGGCUCUCCUCCUUCAGGGCGGUGCAGCCACGCCUCCAGCAGGUGUUUGGUGACGACCUGCCCGACAGUCAGGAUGGGGAGCAGCCUGGCCCUUCCCGGAGGAAGCGCCAGCCCAGCAUGUCGGAAACCAUGCCGCUGUACACGCUGUGCAAGGAGGACUUGGAGAGCAUGGACAAGGAGGUGGACGACAUCCUGGGUGAAGGCAGCGACGACAGCGACAGCGAGAAGAAACCACGGGGAGAGGAGGAGCCUCUGGAGGAGGGGCUGGGGCACGGCCCGCCCGAAGCCCUGGGGGCGCCCAGGGGGCGCCGGCUGGAGAGGAGCGCGGCGGACGGCCGGGGGCUCAGGGGCCACAAGAGGAAGCUGAACGAAGAGGACGCAGCCAGCGAGUCCAGUGGGGCGUCCAGCUGCGAGGACGAGGAGGGGGGCAGCUCGGAAGCAGACGAGAUGGCGGCUGCGCUGGAGGCUGAGCUGGGUGACCUCAUGUGACCUGGGAUGGCCCGCAGCUCACCCAUGGAAGGACGUGUCUGUUUGCAGAGCUCCACCUGCAGAAACAUUAUUUUGCAGAAAUAGGUGUUUUUAGAAGUUUUACCACAGGAAGGCCAACUUGUUAAGGACAGCAUCGUGGGGAGCGCGGGCCACGCCAGAGACUGUCGUUGAGCUCGGCCAGGCCACACGGCAGGACCGAGCAUGGGGUCUGUCAUCAGAGGAGAGGUGUGGGCUGGAGCAUGGGCUCUGUCAUCAGAGGAGGGGUGUGGGCUGGAGCGUGGGCUCUGUCAUCGGAGGCGGGGGGCACUUGUGCCGUUACUGCCGCAGCACGUCACUUCGGGGGAGGCCUGGGGCGUCGACGAGACUCGGGAUGGUGCGCAGGAGCCCGGCAUCCUGGCUCCCCUGAUGGGAGCGGUGGCGCGCAGGGUCUGAGUGAGGCUGCGUGGCACGCACACACCUGCGCAGAGUGCACAUGGGCCAGGGCUCCCGGUGCGCUGCGACCCGUGGGGCUCACUGACACCAGGCCCUGUGGCUUCGUGCCCAGGCCACCUCCCUACUCCCACGGGCAUCGGGACAAAGGCCACCGCCUUCGGCUCCUUCGUGAGAUCAGAUGUAAAGUUUUGUAUAUCUGUUUCAUAUGUGACC